AUGGACAGCGGGAGCAGAGUCACCAUGCUGGCCCUGGGUUCUGGAGCCAGACAUGCAGUGGAGACCACAAGACUUUUCUGGCCUGGUCGGUCGGCGGCCAACAUCUUGUCUGGGGCGGCGUUCCACAGACGGUACCUUCUGUGUGACGUCAACCCUCCAGAAGGCUUCAGCCUCCAUAGGAACGUCUGCAUCCACAUUGCCUUCCUCCUGAAGACCCUGCUGAAGAUGGAGGAGUCAGUACUGGUGCUACCCCCUUGGGGCAGCCUCUACCACUGGCAGAGCCCCAACAUCAACCAGGUCCGGAUUCUCUGGUCCGACUCCUUUGACCUCCCAAGUCUCAACAGAAACAUCCCUGACAUUGAGUAUGAGCAGUUCAUUGCAGGUGAGGUGGUUGUCAUUUAACUGGGGCCAGGUGGUCGUUGUUAUGGUUCCGAUGUGAAUGUUGGGCCGUCUUGCUUUGGGCUUGUCGGUCUGCUUAGGGGCCCUGCUCAUGUUUCCUGCACUGCAGGUGAAUUUGGUCUUUCCAUAGUUUUUCUUGGGAAAUCGAUUUGAAGUGUAUGAGCUCUGUGUCCCCUCCCCUCUGAAAACCAUGGCCUCCUGGUGAGAUGGAGUGGUGACAAGGAGACCACUGCCUCAGAGGCCUUGUCCCAGCAGGACUCGCUCCCUCUGCAGCCAGGGCCAUUCUUACCUGUAGGAAAACAUGAUGUGUGUGUAGCGUGGGCCAUG